UUAAUGGGAAUGCGGUACCGUGAAUUCAAAGAAAGUGUGAGAGUAUGUCUCUCAUUCCGUUGAUUAAGGGCAUUUAUAAGUCCUCGUCUACUUAGCCCAUAAGCUCCAUACCACCUCUCUCUCUCUCUCUCUCUCUCUCUAUCUCCAUCUCCAUAAGCAAAGAGAGAUAGCAGAGCUAAAAUGGGACGUACCCAAGAAGAUCCCACUCCUGUUUACUACAAUGACCAAACUCAGCCUGAUCAAGAAUAUCCACAACCACCACCACCUUAUGAACCAGAAACUCCACCACCACCACCACCACAGCCUUAUGAGCCUUACUACAGCCAAGAAAAACAGGACAAUUCAUCAAAUCCAUCGGAAAAUGAGCCCCAGAAACAAUUCCAGCCACCACCACAACCACAACCUAACCCUACAUAUGUACCGGCCCAGGCUGUGCCGUUCCCGCCACAAGGUCCACCACCAAAUGCAACACAAAGUCCACCAGUAUGGACACCGCCAAGAACCUAUCCUCCACAGGCCAAUCCACAGGCUUAUCCUCCUCAACCUCAACUUCAGCCAGUAGCAUUCCCUCCUCCACAAAGUAGUGCAGGUUAUCAACAGUCUCAGCCGCCGCCACAGAUGUGUGGACAUCCCGGGUUUCCGACAAUGCAGCCUUCUCCUAUUAAACAGACUCUUCAAAUGAAUGGAACUAGCAUGGGUACUCCAGUACAGUACCAACAACCCACAGUUGGACAAUCUCCAAUUCCCUACGCAACACCGGCUCCUGGUGACAUGGGUUGGAGUACAGGCUUAUUUGAUUGCAUGGAUGACCCCAAUAAUGCUAUUGCAACGGCAUUCUUUCCAUGCGUGACAUUUGGGCAGAUAGCAGAAAUCGUGGACAAUGGGCACACAUCAUGUGGAACGAGCGGAUUGCUGUAUGGUUUAAUUGCAGCCUUCAUUGGGUUGCCAUGCAUAAUGUCAUGCACUUAUCGGACAAAGCUAAGAAGUCGUUAUGGACUUGUUGAAUCUCCGGGACCGGACUGGGUUACUCACUUCUUCUGCGAGUGGUGUGCUCUUUGUCAAGAGUACAGAGAGCUCCAGCGCAGGGGAUUGAAUCCUUCUAUAGGAUGGCAGGGAAACUUGGCCGGGCAUCAGAAGCAAGAAGUUGGCAUGGUGCCUCCAACGAACCAAACAAUGAUGAUGGGUUGAGCAAACGUCUCAACAGUCGUGUCGUGCCGUGUCCCUUUAAAUGUUGUUGUUAUUGCUCGUUUGUAUUAAUUUGCUUUCCCAAGUUCAAGCUAUGAUGUCUUAUUUUUAUUUGUCAGAAAAAAUAAAGAUUCACUUAAUUUGUAUACAAAAAUAUGACAAGAAUGGAACUCGGAAAAUAAUAUAUAUGGUACUGGUUUUUGUUUCA